GUAGGUUGGUUACGUUACACCGCAGCAGGCAGGACAGACAGUGUCCCCUCGAGCAGCCGUGUGUGUGUGUGUGUGUGUGUACGCGCCAGGGCAGCAGCAGCAUCAGCAGUGUAUCAAUGUGAUCAACACUAUACGUCCCACGUAAGUUCACACGAUUGUUAUCACGCUAGUAGCAUCUCUCACAAGGCAGAAGAUCAAGUGAUAGACUGAGGGAAAGAGGGAGAGAGAGCGAGAGAGUCCAAGAGCAAGACGAACACGCAUACUGACAGACUCGCACGCACGUAAACCCGAAUACGAAAUCUCGCACGUAAAAUCUGCGUGUUUCGUCGCUGGAGAAGCAUCGCGACUGUAGCCACCUAGCGGUGCGACGCGCUCCCGUUCCCCGUGCGACGCCGACCAUGGAUUUAACGAUGAGCGACAAGGACGAGCAGGUGAAGACGCCGUCGUCGGUGCUGUCGCAUACGGGCAGCGACACCGACCUCGACUCGGACACGGGCACGAGCGGCACAUCGCCGUCGUCAAACCCGGAGAAGAAAUCUCGCAGCGCGGCGGCGGCCGCGGCUGCGGGCCUUAUCGACGACCGCGAAAUGCCGCCAAGCAUCCGCGACGCCGUCUCCAACGUGCUCAAGGGCUACGACUGGACGCUAGUGCCGAUGCCCUGCCGACCGACGGGAUCGGAGAAGCGACGACCGCAUGUGAAGCGGCCGAUGAACGCGUUCAUGGUGUGGGCGCAGGCGGCCCGCAGAAAACUCGCCGACCAGUACCCGCACCUACACAACGCCGAGCUGAGCAAGACACUCGGCAAGCUGUGGAGACUGCUGAGCGACGGAGAGAAGAAGCCGUUCAUAGAGGAAGCCGAGCGGCUGCGCGUCGUGCACAAGAAGGAGCAUCCCGACUACAAGUACCAGCCACGCAGGAGGAAGCCCCUGAAAGGAGCACAGCCGAACCAGCAAGAGGAAGCCUCUCAGGUCAACCACUCCUCCAACGCCGUUCUCUUCAAGGCGCUUAAGUCCUCUGAGAAGGAAACCGCGAGUAGUGGUAACAGCGGGGAGAUGGCCGUACACAAGGGGCAGGGUCCUCCGACGCCCCCGACAACGCCUAAUGGAACAAAGGAGGGCGCCCUCAAGCACACAAGAAGAGGCGGACAUCAGCCUAGCCUCGACUACAACCAGGUCGACAUGGCGUCACUAACCACCGACGUCAUGAGCAACAUCGAGCAUAUCGACCAGUCCGAGUUUGACCAGUACCUGCCCAACGGUCAGCCGAACCCUCACAUGCUCGCGCACUACCCUCUCAACUACGGCUCGGCCUCCAGCGGCAUGCCGCCACACAGCUCGUGGCCGGCGUCCCUCGCCAAGUACGGACUCACCCGCAGCCCGUCCGACCGUCCAUCGGCGACCACCGUGGCGACGACCACGCAGGAGUCCGUCUACAUCAACAGCAACAGCUACAGCAGCGCCGCCGCACCGCCGACGUCCGUCGUCGGCGAGGCGACGUCGGCGACGCGUUUCCACGAGCUGCAGCCGGCAUCGAGCGUUAAGCUAGAGCAUCUCACCGCUGUGCGGCGCGUCGGAGACGUCGGCGGGUUCUCGCGAGAUCCGUACGAGAUGCCGCAGCCGGGACUGUAUCCGGCCGUCACACAGGCCGAGUAUGAGUACAUACCGCAAGGCAGCAGCUUCUAUUCGACACAGACGCAGCCAUAUUCGUAUGUGGUUAGCCAGCGCUACGCGCCCCCUAGUUCCCUGACCGCGGUCGGUUCCGACCAGUGGAACAGCAGCUACACAUAAUGAUAUGUAGGCUACGCAUUACGGCGAGCACUUGUGUGUGCGUGUGUACGUGUGUGUGCGUGUGUACGUGUGUACGCGUGUGUA